GUUGCACAUAAUUAUAUGUAACUUUAUUACUUCUACAUACACUUAAUUGGUUGAUAUAAUAUGAGGUGCCGCGCCGCCUAUACUAGUUGGGUGCGUACAUGUAGUGCAUCAUCCUCGUCGCCGUGGGACGCGAGGGGUCUGGUCUACAGCACGCCUCUGCACCCACGAAAAACGACAACACGCACGCAACAGUACAGCAGCAGCAGCUGUAUAGCCAGAUCCGGAGUCUUAACAUUUUGCAGCCACGACGGAGGAGCCACGAGAGAGAGGCUGCUGCCGCCGCCGCUACCCGCAGGCUGCUGCUCGAGGUAGAAUAAGGAAAGAAGACGAAGAAAAGCGGAGGAAUUCCGACGGCCAAUGUUUAAAUGGACGCAUCGUCCAUCAUUACCCAGGUGUCCCGGGACGAUGAGUUAGGCUCAUACAACAACGAAAAAGCGCAAUUACCACGAGAGAAUGAGGCGAGCAUCAAUAGUACGAGCGGAGGGCCAACGCCGAGCGAGAAAAAGUCCCGUGGCCGGGGUUUUCUGCGUUCGCUCCUAUGCUGCCUGGGUCGGAGCCGAGGUAACAGCUCGAAGAGCUCAAAGGCGAGCUCGGUCGAGAACGAUCAGUACGCACCGCCGAGGACUGGCUCGCCACGCUAUCUCUUGCCUCCAGUGCGUCACCAGGACAUACACAAAAAGUGUAUGGUGAUCGAUCUGGACGAGACCCUGGUGCACAGCUCGUUCAAGCCGAUCAACAACGCGGACUUCGUUGUACCCGUCGAGAUAGACGGCAACGUACAUCAGGUCUACGUGCUCAAGAGGCCCUACGUCGACGAGUUCCUCCAGCGCAUGGGCGAGCUCUACGAAUGCGUUCUCUUCACCGCGAGCUUGGCGAAGUAUGCCGAUCCAGUCGCGAACCUGCUCGACAGAUGGGGCGUCUUUCGGGCGAGGUUGUUCCGGGAAUCGUGCGUCUUUCACCGGGGCAACUACGUCAAGGAUCUGAAUAAAUUGGGUCGGGAUUUGCAACAGAUUAUCAUUGUCGACAACAGUCCUGCCAGUUACAUUUUUCAUCCGGACAAUGCGGUACCAGUCGCGUCGUGGUUCGACGAUAUGACGGAUUCCGAGCUGCUGGACCUCAUCCCUUUUUUCGAGAAACUCAGUAGCGUGGAGAACAUAUACAAGGUGCUAUGCAACAGCAAUCACCCAUACAACCAAAUGCCGAACUCUGGGCCGACAACAACGUCGUCAACAGGAGUUAAACAGUGUAAUCACGCAGGCAAUAACAGUAGCAGUCCAAACUCAUCCGUCUUACUGGAUGACUCCUAGCCCUACCUGAAUCCUGGCAGCCAACAGCAGCAGCCGUCAUCUCGGUCAACAGCUACGGCAGCCAGUCUCAUCAGCAAUCCGCAGUGCACGCUCCGAAAACUCUUUGACGAUGGUAUUCGCCUAAUGGCCCAUAAGUACGCCCUUCUGAUGCUCUGUAUUGGCAGAAGACGAUCAGUAAGAAACGAGCGCGCCUCCUCGACAACUCCGUCAUCGUCAAAGGAUCCUUAGGCAAUCCUUUAGUGCAUUAUUUAAUGCAUAAAAUGGACACUCGUGGUUUAUACAUAUGAAUGGAGGAGGACAUGCUCAAAGCGUCUGGGAAAGAGUUAUACAUACGCCUGGAUGAUUCUCGCUCCAGGUGAGAACAAUUCUAAUAAUUCCGUGUAACGCGCCUGGCUUUUUCAUAAUUUUGACGAGUAUGGAACUUUAGUUUUUGUUGUGCAAUCGUUUCAUCAAGAAAAAGAUUCUUGAGUUUUACUUAUUUGACAUUAAAUUCUGAUUGAUUGACUGACCCUAACUGAUUGAUCGUAGUUAUAGUAAAAUGAACAAUUUUGUGAAUUUUUUUCAGGCAAUCUGUUUGAUUUUUUUUUUUUUUUUUUUUUUCAUUUUAAAACUAAAAUAAUGACAAUAACGUUUUUGUAACUAUUUUAGCAGAAAGCUAAGUAAAAAAUUUAUGCGAUUGUAUGACAUAAAUUGAAGCUCCAAAAAAAUAAAUUCAGCUUUCAAUACAAGCCUUUUUAAAUUCGACAGCAGUAAUGUUUUUUUUUUUUUUGUUUUUUUUCCCCACAAACAUAAUCCUUCAAGAUUAAAUAGUACAACUCCAGAGAGUUAAGGAUGUUAUUUAGAGAUCUAUUUGGUGAACAUUAAGUUGGGAUUGAUUUUCGCGAAACAAAUCUAAAGUAUAACGUAUUUGAGAUUAUAAAUGUAUGGUAUAACUUUCAGGUAAGCUAGAUCGAAACUUUUCAAUUGAAAUGAUGGUUUAAAUAUGUUAAGCAAAGCGAAAAGGAAUUAUUUGUAUCAGUUUAAGUAAAAGUAUAUCGCAAUAAUACGAAUUUACGAAUUUAAAGGACGAUUGAAAUAAUUUUUACAAAUAUUUUAUUUUUAAUAUUAUAUGAUUGCUAGAGUAAUGGACAGAUCUUAAUGUAUGUGUGAAUAAUCAGGACGAAAAAUAACAUUAAACAAACAAGGUGUGCGUUUAUUGAACGGUCCUUAUUUUCAUAUAAUUAAAAAUGUUACUUUAAUAUAUUUUAUACAUUCAAGGGUACAUCCCUAUAUACAUUGAUGAUAUACAAACGGUCACGGAUCCAAAUGCAGAAAGCUACUUAAUUAGAAAAAGCUUCCAACAAAAUUAACAGCAGAAUUAUGCCAGUCGGUAUAGUUUCAAAUUAAUUUGAAUGUAAAAUUAUCAAUGCUUAUAGAAAUGUCAAAGAAAAGCAGGGGUAUAUUUUAUCUGCUACACACUUGCGGUUAAAAAUUUUAAUUCAUGACAUGUAAGGUAAAUUGAAUACAAUAUGCUUUGUUUUAAUCUAAUCUUAGAGUAACAAACUCACUUUUUUAUAAAUCACGUGUACCUUGAUAACUAUACCAACGUAUAAAGGUAUACUCAGAUUAUUACUUGACAUAAAGAUUAAUUAGUUAGUUAGAGAGGAGCACUAAAACAAGCUUUUUUUUCUCAUCAUUUAUUUUUAGUCUUUUUUAAAACUAAUUUUAAACCAAUAAAUUUUAAAGCUGUUUGCAUACACGUGUGUGAAGCCUUUGCCAAAAUAUUUUAAGUACAUUUUAUAAAUCUACUUACUAAAAGGCGGUGCUGUUUUUUAACACUAUAAAUUUCGGUGAUAAUUUGAAGUGGAAUAAAGUUUGAUUGUGUACUAAUUCUUGAAUGUUAAUCAACGUCUAAAUAUUGAGGAAAAAACACAUCCACACUUUAGAUGGAUUGUGUCCAAAACCGUUGAAGUAAAUAUUUUUUUAUUAAAAUAUUUGUGAUUUGUCAGUUAAUUUAUUCAUUGCAAUGAAAAUAUUUUUUAAAUCUCUAACAGCAUAAUUAUGAUUGCGAUGCAAUGAUUUUUUAUUUAACUUGUUCAACACUACUACAGUACUAUCAACUUUAAAUCUUUAAAAUUUGUGUUACUUAUUGAUAAGGAAAACAAGUUAAAGCAAAGCUUAAGACUUGAAUGCUUUUUAAUUAUUAUUAACGUGUUCUAAAAAAUUGACUUAAGGAAAAAUUAAUAAUUAAAUCAAUGUGCCUUUUACGAAAGUCGGCGUUUUUGCCAAUUUUCAUUCAUAUUAAUUCUUGGAUAGUAAUUGAAUCAAGCAGUCAAGCUUGAACUAACUUCUUUUACAUGGUGUUUGAUGUAUUGUGUUCAAUUUUGUUAACACGCAAUUGUUUUAACUUAAAAUUUUUUUGAAGUAUUUUUUUUUCCUACUUUAUUAAACGAAAAUUUUUAGCAACAAGUUAAUAAUGUGUAUAAAAGAUGCUCCUGCACGACUUUUGUUGCUCUUUACUUUAUAUAUAACAAAGUAUUCUUAUAAGCUUAAUAGCCUCGCAUCGAUAAUAUUACAUAAGUCGUGCUUCGACAUUGUAAAAUGCUAUACGCGAUGCCUUGUUUGUUAAGAACAGAGAAAAUGAAAAAUAAUAAGGAAUGACAGAAGAGUUUGAGCCUGUAUGUGUAUAUGUGUGCGUGAUUUUAUAAACUGUUAUAAAUCCAUUAUAAAUGUAUACAUUUGUACGCGCGGAGAUGCGAUCCACUCGAGUUUCUAUAACUAACUACUUUCGAUUUAUAUAUGUAUAUGUAUAUUUGAUUGAGAUUCAGUACGAUAACAAUUAAUCGUAGAAUAACAUGAUGUUUGGAGAAAAUUAUUAAUUGGUUAAGUUUUUUUAUAAACAUUUUCAUGGAAAUCGAGUAGGUUUCACUUACAUUUUGAUUACGUAUUUUGAUUAACGACUAAUUUUUAUGUGCAAUCCCAGUUUUAGUUGCGUCAGAAAAAUCAAUGCGUCACUUUUUAUUAUUAUAAUUUUUUUUUUAUUAUUUCUUAUGUUACUUUUAAAACUUGUAAAUAGUAUUGAAGAAUUUUACUCAAGUUCUGAAAUCAUGCAAUUACGAACGAAUUUUCAUACAAAAUUUUCACUUGAGCACAAAUCAAUUUUUGUCUUUAUUUUUGUCGAUUUUUUUGUAUUUCACUAUUAAAAUAUUCCUUAUAUCAUUUGUUAAACAAUAUACAAAUAUAAAUUAAUCUACUCGAUUUUCAAUAGUAUUUUAUUGGUCAGUAUCUAAAUUUCCUCUGUUACAAUUAGUGACAAUUGAUGUUCUAUGUUAAUAUUCGUCGAAGCUCAACUUGUAAAAAUAUUUUAAAAGAUGUAUAAUAGAGUAUUACAGCAUCACUGCCGUUAUGGGAUGAUGCUUUUAUAAUAUGUGCAAAGGAAAAAAAGAAAAAACGAAACUUUUUCACAAACCGCAGUCAACUGAAUUAUUACUAUUACUAAAAGAAAGAUUCACAAGUAACAAGGAGAGUGAGUUUAAAUUUAUAGUUGAAAGAACGUUUAUUUGCUGGAAUGCAAUUAUCGCAUUUUUAGAGAAAAAAUAAAUCAUAGGUGUAUAAACAUGCUGUACAAAAUGAAAUACAAAAACAUCACUGAAAAUUGCAACUGUAGGUAAUAGCAAAUUUUUCAAUACGAUGAUUACAAAAUUUUAACUGUAAACAACUUUUAUUAUUAUUACUUUAAUUUAAACGCAGAGAAAAGAGGUGCAUACAUUGUGAAUCGUAAAUAGAGAAAGAAAAAAAAAUUGUAAAUGGCAAUGCCUUUAAAUGUAAAUAAUCAUGAUUGUCUAAAUUUCCGCUGAGAAAAGCAAACCAUAAGUUGAAAAUUCUCUGAGCAGUUUGCAGCGUUAUAACCAAUUAGAAGAAAAUUUUCGAACUUGUGAAAAUAAAAUAAGUACUACAAAUGCGACUUGCGUCUGCGUACGAUUUUUUACUGACGAAUCUGAUGAACUUUUUUUAAAAACUCGCGUCACAUAACUUUUUUACGAUAAUCGACACGUAGCUCGACUGUAUUAAAUUAAACGAAACUAUUAUAAAAAAUAAAUAAAACAAUGUAAAAAAAAAAAAAAUAAAUGAAAAUUCAUGUUAGAAGCAAAAAAAGUGAGGCGUAAAGAGUAGAGAGAAAUAAAUUAUAUUAGCCGCGGUGUUGCGAAACACGCGUCUGCAGAGUUGAAAGUGCAUGAGAGGACGAAUGAAAGGAGGGAAAAAACAAGAGGCAGUGUGUAAAAGUAAGGAAAAAAGCGUGAAAAAAAAAAUAUCUCCCUCUGAUUGUCCAGUUUGCUCUGUGAUUGAGUUAUUAAAAAAAUAUAUAUGUUU